UAUAAUGACAAGUGACAAUACAUAGUUGAAGUGUUGGAAAUCAACUUACUUCAUAAUAAAACUUUUAAUACUUAAUCCAUACAUUAAAACCAAACAAGAUGGUCAAAGCUUGGUACAUGGAUAAUGACCUCAGCGAUCAGCGUUUGGAGCAUCAUCGCAAUCCACCGGAAUUUGUAUCGCUGGAUGAUUUGUACAAAAAAACCGGUGUUGAAUAUUUCAAUAUAAACAUUAAUACAUUUACAACGGAUGGUGUUUUGGAUAAAAUAAAAAAAGACAGGGGAUACACCUAUGAAGAUGAAAUAGUUUGCUCAAAAGAAUGCCUUCCAAAUUAUGAAGAAAAAAUUAAGUCGUUUUUCGAGGAACAUCUCCACACAGACGAAGAGAUAAGGUUGGUCCUGGACGGAUCAGGCUACUUUGAUGUUAGAGAUGGAAGCGACCAUUGGAUUCGUAUAGCUGUUUCAGCUGGAGAUAUGAUAGUUAUCCCUAGUGGCAUUUAUCAUCGAUUCACCCUUGACACUAAUAAUUUCAUCCGAGCCAAACGUUUCUUCAUUGGUGAGCCGGUGUGGUUGCCAUACAAUCGACCAGCAGACGAGAUGCCCUGCAGGAAAGAUUACCUUCACAAACUAGAGAAAGGAUUUGUUGAUGUAUAUUGAAAUUUGAAUGUUAUUUAUACAAAAAAAAUUGUGGACAUCACAUGUUCCAUUUUCAAAUAUUUAUACAUGUUGUGAAUUUUUAAGAUGUAUGUUAUAUAAAAUAUCAUUAGAUAUGUCAUGGUUAA